AGCUUGCCUGCAGAGGAGUUAGAGUGAGGGAUCGCAGAACAGGUUUGAACGGCAGACUGACGCUGUGUCGGGCACGCUGAACACCGGAGCCGUCCUUGUCCUGGAGGAUUAGAGUUCGGGCUUGUUUUUGGACUGGAUUUCAGCCGAGGAGUUCCGAGUUUGCGAUUCAGAAGUGUGGAUGUUCUAACGCACUGCGCUGCCACCUCGGCGCGGCGACGAGAGGGAGGACGGACAGCGAGAAUCCCGCGGCGAGAAGCGGCGCUUACCUCUCCGAGAAACGCCAACAAAGAGCGUUCAGGGAAGUCGCCUGCUGCCUGCUGAGGUAACGCAAGUUAGUUAAGCAACACGCAGAAAGUACGGCAGCGUCUGCAUUCUUCAACAUGGCUUACAACAGACUUCUCCGCUCGGCUUUGGUUUUUCUGUUUUUUAUUCUGUUCCUGAACCUGGGAAUUUUUCGAGUCAACGGCCAAUACGGCGGCAGUGACCGAGGAUUGUCUAUACCGGAGCACGGAUUCUGUCAGCCCAUUUCCAUCCCCCUGUGCACGGACAUCGCCUACAAUGAGACUAUCAUGCCGAACCUGCUGGGCCACACCAACCAGGAGGACGCGGGGCUGGAGGUCCACCAGUUCUACCCGCUGGUGAAAGUGCAGUGCUCCCCGGAUUUAAAGUUCUUCCUGUGCUCCAUGUAUGCCCCCGUGUGCACCGUGCUGGAGAAGGCGCUGCCCCCGUGCCGCUCUCUGUGUGAGCGCGCGCGGCAGGGCUGCGAGGCGCUCAUGAACAAGUUCGGCUUCCAGUGGCCCGACAGCCUCGCGUGCGAUAGCUUCCCGGUCCACGGCGCGGGGGAGCUGUGCGUCGGCCAGAACAUGUCGGACCACACGGAGCCCCAGCCCGGGCCCUACUCCACCGAGCGGCCACCUACUGACCCGGGGAACGGGCAGUUCAGAUGCCCGGCCUCGCUCAGGGUGCCUCCCUACCUGAACUACCGCUUCCUCGGGCAGGAGAACUGCGCCGCUCCGUGCGAGCCGAAGAGAUCCCACGGGAUGAUGUACUUCAGCGAGGAGGAGCUCAAAUUCGCCCGCAUAUGGAUCGGCAUAUGGUCAGUGCUGUGUUGUGCUUCCACUUUAUUCACCGUGCUCACCUACCUGGUGGACAUGAAGCGCUUCAGCUACCCAGAGAGGCCCAUCGUCUUCCUUUCGGGCUGCUACACUAUGGUUUCCAUCGCCUACAUUGCUGGAUUUUUACUGGAGGACAAAGUGGUUUGCAAUGACAAGUUUGACAACGACAUAAAGACUGUGGUGCAGGGCACCAAAAAGGAGGGCUGCACCAUCCUCUUCAUGAUGCUGUACUUCUUCAGCAUGGCCAGCUCAAUCUGGUGGGUCAUCCUGGCUCUCACCUGGUUCCUGGCGGCAGGAAUGAAGUGGGGCCACGAAGCUAUUGAGGCCAACUCUCAGUAUUUCCACCUGGCGGCCUGGGCCGUUCCUGCCAUCAAAACCAUCACCAUCCUGGCAGUAGGACAGGUGGAUGGAGACGUGUUGAGUGGGGUUUGCUUUGUGGGCAUCAACAGCGUGGAUGCCCUGCGCGGCUUUGUUCUGGCGCCGCUCUUCGUAUACCUGUUUAUUGGCACUUCCUUCCUUUUGGCCGGAUUCGUGUCCCUGUUUCGAAUCCGGACCAUCAUGAAGCACGACGGCACCAAGACUGAGAAGCUGGAGAAACUGAUGGUGCGGAUAGGCAUCUUCAGCGUGCUCUACACCGUGCCAGCCACCAUCGUCAUCGCCUGUUACUUUUACGAGCAGGCCUUCAGAGAGCAGUGGGAGAGGACGUGGAUCAGCCAGACGUGCAAGACAUACGCCGUGCCGUGUCCGGCCCACAGCCACCCCAACAUGAGCCCGGACUUCACUGUCUUCAUGAUCAAGUAUCUCAUGACGCUCAUUGUUGGCAUCACUUCUGGCUUCUGGAUCUGGUCCGGAAAGACCCUUAACUCCUGGAGGAGGUUUUACACGAGACUGGCCAACAGUAAACAGGGGGAGACCACAGUGUAGUGUGGUUCAAACCUCACACCUCACACAGACUGCUUUGUGACAAACUGAAUGAUAAUCCUCUUUAUGUUCUUUUUAUUCAUUUUCUUGGACUCACAGGAGACACUCGCUCUGUUUUUUUUUUUUUUUUUAAUGUACAUACAUAUUUGUGAGAUUUUUGUAAGUAUAUAUUUGUAUUUAAAGAUUUUAAAAAAAGAUUUUUUUAAACACCUUUUUUCAUACAUUGGACUUGAUGGAAUUUUACUUAAUCAUCACAAAGAGCCAGCCGAUCAUCAACAAUCCUGAGAUCUCAUGAGUUGUCUUACUGCAGACACCUUCUAGGAGUACUUCCCAUGGUGUGUGUGUGUGUGUGUGUGUGUGUGUGAACUGCCUGUGAGCCCCAGGUCUAUUCUAAGCAGAGUCUCGUGAAACCCAAGUGCUUCCUCGUGGCUCCCUCUCCCCCCGAUUAACCAGCUGUAGUUUGUGUCUGUUGUACAGUGGAGCGAGCGGUGGCCCGGCUCUGGAGGGACGUGUCAGCAGUCCUGGGAACAAGAAGUGGUGUGCAAGGUUGUGAAUGUGAGUCACUGUGGCAGAUGGUUGUGGCCUGUAGCUCAGGCCCUAACAUUCCUUUUCUAAAUAAAGCACAGGUAGUCAUGCAAAUGUAAAGGAACACACAAGUGGUUUUGCAUGUAUGUUACAAUGCUCUCAGGCAAAACUCAAGAUUAAUUUCCUUCACGUUUUCCUGAAAACAUGUUUCUUUUUAAUGAACUGCCGUGAUCAUGAUCUGCUUUUUGUAAUUCUGAACACUGUGACCUUCAGGAUUCCUUUUUGGGUUUUUGCAUGUAGUGCUGGGCGGUAUGACGGUGAGAUUCAGUUUCAGGGUUGUCCCAGUGGGUCUUCAUGUAGAACUACAGCAGCUCGUUCUUCUGUCAGGAGUAUAAAACCCUAAACACACACACACCCGAAACAAUCUCUGUUGUCCUAUGCUGUGUCACAGGGAGUCAGUCCUUAAAGCAGAACAGGAAGUUUUACAUGAGAUGUGUUUCCACUUUUUUAUUUUUUUGUCCCUGUUUGUAACAAAAUCAACAUGUUGUGGGUCAUGAGCUUUAAGAAAGUCUGUUUGGACUUAUUCUCCGAACUUUGUGGGGGAAAUGAUUCAGCCAUCAGGAAAAACACUCUUACCUCAAGUAGCACAUUAUCCAUGUCACUGUGUGUGGAGCAUCCCUGCCCACAGUGCAGAGACCAGGAAAAACAGCAGAUCCUCUCUGGGUCAUCUUUGCUGUUUUUUUUGUUGUUGUUGUUGUUGUUCUUUUCUUCAUCCUCGCUCUGUCUCAGCUGCUCCUGACCGUACAGCCUGCACAGAGCACCUCCCGCUGUUAGCACCCUGCUGUGCUUACCUGCCUGGCCAGCAUAUCCCAGCAUGCUGUUUGUCUGUGUGAAAUUUUGAAUUACAAAUUAGUAACAAAUAUGGUCAGUUGAUGAGACUUAGUCAGGAAGCAUUGAGUAAAUACAGCUCAUAUAAUGCAUAUCUCAAUGAAAGGCCGUGGGGGUGGGGGGGUCUGUAUUUGAAAAAAAUAUAUCAUGCAUGACGUUAUGAACAGUGUACCGCCCAGCACUAUGUUAUGUUUUUCUGGCAUGGUUGCUAUGACGCAGACUGACCCCUUGUAAUUUGAUGCAACAGCAACACAACUUUGACCAAAGUGAACACAGAAGCACAGUAACAAUCUAACCAACGGUUCUAUGUAGAUCUACAACAUGCAGAAAUGCUGGUGUGUUCCUUUACUGCACACGUUCAAAGCAGCAGUAAUAUGUCUGUUUAAUAAAGAUCUAUUUUGAGAAA